CGCCGCAAAAGUCAGCCGACGCUCACCGUCACUCCUCACACACGUGUCAGCGUUACAGGACUUACUUCCGGUUCAACAUGGCGGCAUCCAUGGCUUGUCAGGCGGCUGUGAGAGGACUCCGAGCAGCGAGCGCUAAACAACUGCUUGUGAGCCGAAACCAGCUGGCGAGGGUAAGUCCCAGAAGAUGGCUGAACCUGCAGGAGUACCAGAGCAAGAAGCUGAUGCAGGACAGCGGCGUGACCGUCCAGCGCUUCUUCGUGGCUGACACUGCCUCUGAAGCCCUGGAGGCUGCCAAGAGACUCAAAGCGAAGGAGAUUGUCCUGAAAGCUCAGAUUUUAGCGGGAGGAAGAGGCAAAGGAGCGUUCGACAGCGGCCUGAAAGGAGGGGUGCAUUUAACAAAAGAUCCUGCUGUUGUUGGAGAGUUGGCCGGUAAGAUGCUCGGCUUCAGUCUGACCACCAAACAGACCCCUAAGGAAGGAGUGAAAGUCAAUACGGUGAUGGUUGCCGAAGCUCUGGAUAUCUCCAGGGAAACAUAUUUCGCCAUCCUGAUGGACCGUUCCUGCAAUGGCCCAGUGAUGGUGGGAAGCCCUCAGGGGGGUGUGGACAUAGAGGAAGUAGCUGCCACUACGCCAGAGCUCAUCUUCAAGGAAGUCAUAGAUAUUUUCGAGGGGGUCCGAGACGACCAGGCACUACGCAUGGCAGCUAAUUUGGGAUUCAAAGGACCGUUGGAGAGACAGGCUGCAGAUCAGAUUAAGCGACUCUAUGAUCUGUUCCUCAAAGUCGACGCCACUCAAGUCGAAGUCAAUCCGCUCGGAGAAACACCUGAGGGACAAGUGGUUUGCUUUGAUGCUAAAAUCAACUUUGACGACAAUGCGGAGUUCAGACAGAAAGCUGUGUUCGCCAUGGACGAUACCGCGGAGAGCGACCCAUUGGAGACCGAAGCAGCCAAAUACGAUCUCAAGUACAUCGGACUGGAUGGAAACAUAGCCUGUUUUGUUAACGGUGCUGGCCUUGCUAUGGCAACAUGUGAUAUCAUUGACUUGCAUGGUGGAAAGCCUGCUAACUUCUUGGACCUGGGUGGAGGUGUAAAGGAGAACCAGGUGUACGCAGCCUUCAAGCUUCUCACUGCUGACCCCAAGGUAGAGGCCAUCUUGGUGAACAUCUUUGGGGGGAUCGUUAACUGUGCCAUCAUUGCUAACGGCAUCACCAAGGCCUGCAGAGAACUGGAGCUCAAGGUUCCCCUGGUGGUUAGGCUCGAAGGAACCAAUGUUCAUGAGGCAAAGCGUAUCCUGUCUGAGAGCGGGCUGCCCAUCACCUCUGCCACUGACCUCGAUGAUGCCGCCAAGAAAGCCGUUGCUAGCAUUGCCAAGAAAUAAGUGCAUACAUGCAUACACACCUAUUAUUACAGCACACACACACACGUGGUCAGAACUUGCAGCCUUACACAUCUGAUUCACACACACACCUUUAAACCAGCCUGCUACAGUCAUUGGGCAUCUUGCCCAGUUUUUCCAGCGACGACACUAUAUUUGAGACCCUCUUCAAAGGCCCCAGCUUCUCUAAGGGUCUUAAAUGCUAAAGUCAGUCUUAGAAACGUGACUCUUGCUGAAGUUAGCCAUUUCUGUCGCUCAAUAAAUAACUCUGUUAUGUUCAUUGCCUUACUCAAAGCCUUUUUAUGGAAAGUUUCCUUUAUUGAUCAGAAGUAUGGAUUUAUAUUUGUCAAAUUAAACUCGUAUAGUUAAUUGCAUUCCAUAUUAAUCCCAAUAGCAAGUCUUUUUCGCCUUAAGUAAACCUUGAAAUAUUAAAGUGUCACAAAGCCUCGUUUUUUUUAUAUGAUUGAACUGUGAAAUACAUCUCAAAUCUGAUAUUGAUUUCUUAAUCUCCAUAUGAUAUCACGGUCCCAGUCCGAGUUAAGGUUUAUUUUGUUCAUAAGAGUGAGAUGAGACUUUUUUUUUUUAUGGGUACCGCAUUUAAGUUUUGUUUGUCUUCAAUGUUUCUGCCUUAAUGAAGAUGUUUCCCUAUGUUCACUUGCAUUUGGUUUAUUAUUUUUAACUAGUCCUAAAGUGGUAUAGUUUUUAUACUGUGCCUGUCAUGAAGAUGUUUUAAAGGUCCACAAUAAGUGUAAUUAGCUUUUAGUAAUCUUGAAUGUAUUUUCAAAGUUAAUGUAUAUUUAAAAAUGAGUCAACAAUGUUUAAAAUAAAACGUAAUAAUUAUUUUCC